AUGACAGUGCUGCUCGAAGCUCCUUUCGACAAAUCCCGGAUACAGAAAAACUCGGUCCUCCUCACUAUUGACCUCACUACGGCCGUAGCCGAUGAAGCCAUUAAAAACCAAAACUCGGUUAUCGUCGCAUACCACCCAAUCAUCUUCCGCGGCCUGAAAUCCCUCACCCUCGCCGACUCCCAACAAAGAUCCCUCCUCCGCCUAGCCCAACAUGGCAUCAGCGUCUACUCCCCCCACACAGCAGUCGACACCGUCCCCGGCGGCAUGGCCGACUGGCUCUGCGACGUAGUAACAGGAAACUUCGAACCUACAGCAACACCCAACGCCAACAUCGAAACCAGCCUCUCAAGCCUGUACACCGCCCCAACCUACCCAGACUCACCCAUCCCCGCCGCUCGCGGGCCCUCCUCGCGAGCGCUCCCGCACACCAUGACCACAAUCCACCCAUCCCCACCAGCUUCAAUCCCAGAAGGCUUCGAGUCAGCCGGUGCCGGCCGUCUAGUGACAUUCGUCGAGAAACAGCCCCUCACUGAACUGAUCGACAAUAUCGCGCGUGGAAUCGGCCUGCCGGGCGGUAUCCCCAUCGCCAUCCCGCAAGGCCAGUCGGUUGAUGCUAUUUCCGUCCGCACGGUGGGCAUGUGUCCCGGCUCGGGCUCGGGCGUGCUCCUCAAGGGAGGCGAACUCCCUGAUCUCCUGCUGACGGGUGAGAUGAGCCACCAUGAGGCUUUGGCUGUCACGGAGCGUGGGUCUGUGGUUAUCUCGCUUUCGCAUACUAACUCCGAGCGUGGGUAUCUGCGUUCAGUGAUGCAGCCUAAGUUGCUAGUCGAGGUUAAGAAGCAGUGGGAGGAUGUUGUCCUAGCUUCUCUCGGGGUUAAUAGUAAUUGCUCGGGUGAGGCUCCAUUGGCGGCUGCAGUCCAGAUUCGGGAGGCUUAUUUGCGGGAGGAAGUUGCGGUUGAUGUUAGUGAUGCUGAUCGUGAUCCCUAUGGUAUUAUGAUUUUGCGCGGUAACUAG